AUGAUCUGCAAUCUGUGCCAUUAUUACUUCUUAUGCAUUCAUUUCCUCGCCGCCCUCCCGUGUAACUCCUUCGCUCUCUCUCCUUCUCUCUCUCUCUCUCUCUUUCAUCCUCUCUCUCUAUCUAUCUCACUCCCAUUCACUGUCUCUCUAAGCAAUCAUUCAUCACUUCUUUUAUAUGACUGUCUUUUUAUCUAUCGUUCGUUCUUUCUUUCUUUCUUUUCCUCUUUCUCUCUCUCUCCUAUUUAUCUCUAUCAAGAGUGCUUCACCCACAUUUACCAUUCUUGCUCUUUAUUUCUCUCCAUCUCUCUCAUUGAUUCUGCCUAUCUGUCUGAUGUUUCUCACUCCCAAUCUCUCUCUCUCUCUCCCUCUCCCUCCUUUUCUCUCUCUCUCUCUCUCCCUUCCUCCCGGUCCCCGAAUUUUCCUUUCUUUUUAAUUUCAAUGAAAAUUUCAUACGUUCUCAGUCCGUCUGAAACGAAACUCAUUCGAUUGUUGCAGUUAUUUUUAUCAUCAACUCUUUGCCUAAUCAAAACGCUGAUCAAUUCAGUUGAUCAUCUCUUUAUUCUCCUCCUCCUCCUCCCGGUCCUCCACCUCCCCUUUUCGUCUUGCUUUUCUUUCUCUCUCUCUCUUUCUCUCUCUCUCUCUCCUUAA